GCAGCGCUGUUGACGUUGUCGCAGCAAGUGAACGUUAACAUUAACAUUAACUUAUCGCAGUUAACUUGGCUGUAAUUGUGGUUUGCUGCGGAACAGUUUUUAAUUGUUGUAAACAAGCGCGCGCGUUCGGUUUGACAAAUUGCAAGAAAAUAAUAAUAAAUUAGUUAAUAAUAAUUAUUAUUAAAAAUAUAAAUAUAAAUAUAAAAAGAAUGUAAAUACCGAUAUUACAAAAUUCGCCGCGAGUUGUUGCCAAGUCAAAAUAUUUAAUAUUUGAAUGUUGUUGAUUAAGUUCGUCGUUAAAUUCGAUUGAAAUCAUUUAUGUAAAUUAAUUGUUGUUGCCGGCAAAACAAACGAAAUGGCGCCAAAAAUCUAUUGACAAGUCUACAGAAAUUGUUUAUUUUUAUUUAUUAAGUGUUCGAAAUAAACGUUUAUUGCUAAGAUAAAUUCAGCAAGGAGUUUUAAUAGCCACUAUCAAUAUUUGUACAACAAAUAAGCGACGACAGUGCGAGUAUAAUGUAUCUACAAGAUACAGAUACAGAGCUACAACAUCAGUCGGGGCAACAGCAACAGCAACAGCAGCCGCAAAUGCGUAUGGCGAAUUAACACAAACUCGUUAAUACAAUUAGUUGAAAAGUGAAAAAUCUCAUAUAAGAUACGAAACGAAACAGAAAUAAAUAAAAAGAUUUCAGCCAGAAAAAAAAAAACUGUUAAAAUAAUAAAAUAAAAUACACAACGUUCGCUGUCGACAAAAAGCGCCACAACAAAUUUGCAACUUUACACUCGUCGGCGGUUUUCAGUCGCGAAAUGAAGCCACAGCCACAAAGCUGAGCCACUGAACGCGUGUGCCACAACACCACCACCAUUACCAAUCAACACUAACGUUAACAACACCGCAGUAACAACGACAACAACUACAAAUUAAAUUAAUAUUUAUCAAAAAGAUACUACAACAUGGUCGAGUUACUCAAGGCGCUCAAUUUGACGGAGAACUUGCUGGCGGGCCUUGACGACAGCAGCAUCGAGAAUGCGUCAAAUCCCAUUGCCAUGAUUCCAUCCAGUCUCAAUGCCACCGCCAUGAAUCUAAGCACAACAACAACGACAGCAACCUUGGCGAAUGCCACGAGCAGCGCCGAGAAACUUCAAUUGGAUGGUUUCGAUCUGCCGGGCAACUAUUCCCUAUUGAUCAAUAAACUGGAGCAACUUGCACUGGGUUUGGAUUCUGCUCUCGGCAACUUCACCAUCGAUCGACAGGAGGUGGAGAUCAAUUUGAGUGGAGGCGCCUCGGCCAAUGAUGUUGCCGAUGUUGCCGAUGAUCUGCUCUUCAGCGAUGUGAUUCCAGCUGCCCGGGCUCCGCCGCCUCACCUUUCGCACAGCUCGAGGAUUUACACAGGCGAGGAUGAGGAUUUCGCUCAUGUGGUCAGCGAUAUUUGGAUUGGAGUUAUUCUCACGCUGCUCAUUGUGUUUGUCAUCUUCUUCAUAUGCGCCUGUUUUCUCUAUCACAAGUUUCAACAGUGGAAGAAUUCAUAUCGUGCCAAUCACAGCGAUGCCAACAUCGAAGUCUGUCGCCAUUGUCCACCCGAUUAUGAAGCCGAGUCGCUGCCCUCGUAUACGAUUGUCUCGGGUCUGCCCACGUAUGAUGAUGCACUGGAGGAGUUCCGCAAGGCGGGGAUUAUAUUGACGCCAGCGAUUGUGCCCGUUAUCAAGAUCUUUGAGAAUGUGAGCAGCGAUGCUGUGGGAGCUAAGGAACCAACUGUGGCCUACAGUCUGGUGGAGACAACAGCUGGCACUGGGAACGAUGCCAACGGGGACAACAUAUCGCUCACCUCGAUCACCUGCAAUUGUGGUGGCAAUGGUGGCAUCUCACCCACCAACAACACCACGCUGCCCAGCUACAGUGCUGCCACAGCUGCUGCCAUGGUGGCUGCCACAGCUGCAGGGACGCCACUCAACUCACAGGUCAUUGAGCUGUCGCCUGAGCAUUUGGCCUCGCUCUCCCAGAAGCGCCUCUCGCUGCAGAUCUCAUUCAACAAUUCGCUGCGUCGCCGCUCCCGCUCCCGCUCCACGCUCCGCAAUCAAUUGUUGCGCACUUGUGCUGUGAGGAACUCCGUUGGACUGGGACCCAUUGAUGCCACAGUUGCUGCCACAGCAGCUGCAGCAACAACAGCAAUUCCCGCUCAGCCCAGAGGGAACCCAUUGCUGCCACCAAUUCACCGUUCUUCAUCGACAAUUUCACUGUCGAAUGAGCGACAGUUGCUGGAUCAACGCUUGAGGCACUUGCAUCAUCGCGGUUCCUUGUACUGAGGAACCUUCUCGUAAAUGCUACUCGUAAUUCCUCAAAUUUCAAUUACUUAACUCUUAGUUAUAAGCGACAACAACACAACUACUAUACAACAAAAACAAACUGCUCUGUAUUAUAAUAAAGUGUUUAUGUGACAUGUUAACGUUUUCAA